AAAUGAUCAGAGAAGAAGAAACUGAAUCGUGUAAACAGCAGCGUUUCAGCAGUCUGAUCAUUUUAUAUUAAAUGAAAGUUAUAUUUGGUUAUUUGAUCAGUUUAUAUUAAUUAUAUAAUGAUAAAUGCGUAUUGAUGUGGUUUAAUGUAUUCAGAAAAGCUCAGUUUAUUAAUGCAGGCUGGAUUCUGAACAGAUAUGAACUCAAAAAAUAUGAACUCCGCUCUGAGUUAAUCCGGAUUAUUGUUCGGGACUGAUUCGCUUUAAUCGCGAUGCCGUUAGAAGUCGCGUGCUUGUCGUUCAGGCAGCCGUACGCGGGUCUGGUGCUGAACGGGGUGAAGCGCGUGGAGACGCGGUGGCGCCCCCUGUUGGCGGGACUGAGGAACUGCACGCUGGCGGUGCACGUGGCGCAGGUGGAGUGGGAGGGGGCGGAGUGGAGGGAGAUCCUGCAGCACAGGUUCAGGAUGGAGCCCCUGCAGGUGGAGCAGCUGCUGGAGUCCGGGGAGAGGUUCGGGAGGGGAGUCGUUGCAGGUCUGGUGGAUGUUGGGGAGACGUGGCAGUGUCCUGAAGAUAUUCCCGGAGAGGAGAUAAAGGAUCUGGAGGAAGCAGCGUGUCUGACAGGACUUAACCAGAAGUUCCUCACCAGACUGUCGAACCCGCGCUGGCUGACCGAGCCGCUGUAUAUGAGAGGACGUAAAGAUGUUUGGACCGUGAGCAUCCCAGAGCGCCUGCUGCCCUCCCAUCAACACUGACCCAUUAAAUCCCACCCAUCACUGCAGUGACCAAUCAGAACCUUUCAUUUCUGUUAAAAUUAAGGGUCCAAAAAUGUUACAGAAUGAUGAAUCCAAAUAUUUCCACCAAAUAUUGACUGAAUAAAGGCUGUUAAAAAGG